AUGAAGGAUUAUGCUGAAAAGAAAAACACGAUAGCAAAAGCCCUGGAAGAUCUGAAAGCCAACUUCUACUGUGCACUCUGUGACAAGCAGUACUAUAAACACCAGGAGUUUGACAAUCACAUUAACUCAUACGAUCACGCUCACAAACAGAGACUCAAGGAAUUGAAGCAGAGGGAGUUUGCUCGAAAUGUAGCAUCGAAGUCAAGGAAGGAUGAAAGGAAACAGGAAAAAGCCCUUCAACGUUUGCACAAGUUAGCUGAGCUGAGGAAAGUGACAACGUGUGCUCCUGGAAGUGGACCUAUGUUCAAAUCCACAACAGUGACUGUGCGAGAUAAUUCCACUGAUAUCCCACAAAGCACUGCUAUAGAUUCUUCCAGCAAACAGGAUUUCAGCUGCACGCUGAUGCACAAUACACAGAAUUGCAAAGAUGCUACUUCAGAUAUUUCUUCCGCUCCUGAAAAUGCAUGCAGUAAUACAUCCAGAACUAACAAAUUUGGAGAUCAAGUUCAAGGAGCUCGAGGACAUAGAGUUGGAUUCUCCUUUGCUUUUCCUAAGAAAGCAGUAGUCAAACUGGAAUCUUCAGCUGCUGUUUUCUACGAAUAUAAUGACGAAACGUCUAUGGAGCAUGGACUUAGCAGAAGAAGCAGAUUUUUCCCAGGAGCUUGUACUCUUCAGUCUCCAUCAGCAACAGAAAUAGUCCUGUGUCCUGAAGAGAAACAAAACUGUUUGCACCCACUGGUGGAAAGAUGCGCUGACACAGCAGAAGAUCCUGAAAAUCAGGAAUCAAAAGAGCUAGCCAGUGAAGAAAGCAGAGAGCUAGAGAACCCUGUAUUAAUUCCUGCUGUUUCCAAUUCGAAGCAGCAAGCGUCUUCUGACAUGGAGAACUGCAGUGCUGAUGUCAGUGCUGCAGAUGUACUGGGUCAAACACUGUCUGUGGCUGUGGACAGUGCUCAAGUUCUGCCCCUGGACUGCAGCAGUUGUGAGCUGCUGGGAAAUGGGGCUGUUGCUCAGGCUGCUGUGGAGGAUUGCUCAUCUCUGCAGGACACUGCUGAGGAAAAUGGUAAAGAUGGGAACAGUGACUUAUUCACGGCUGAAACUGAAAUAAAGCUGGGGACAGAGACGUUAGUUCCAUCACAUUCUGAAGAUGGCUCGAGAGUCCCCCAGAGCAAACUGGACACACGCAAGAGACCUUGUGAACCAUUCGUUCCUGUUCUUAGCAAACACGGAUCAAACAUUCUUCAGUGGCCAUCAGAAAUGCUAAUUUACACAAGUACAGACCCAUCCAUUUCUUACAGCUGUAACCCUUUGUAUUUUGAUUUCAGGUCAUCAAAAGCGAGUGAUAGUCAAGAAAAACCCAAGCAUCAGGCAAACGUACCUAAUUUGCACCAUACAACUGAAUGCAACCAUAGUUUGGUCUCAGAUUUUACAAACAAGCCUACUUCAGAAUGUGGUGAUCCUGAAGCAGAAAUAAAUAAAAAUGCACGUGACUAUACAAUGCCCCUUGUAAGUGACGUUUCCCUCAUCAGAAAUUCUGAUCUUGCAAAAAAUGAAAAUAAAGUGGCCUUGGGUGAGUCAUUCAGGAUUAAAAAGCUAGAAAAGUGUCACAUUUCAAAAAAUCACUUACGACAAAAUGCUGCGAUAGGUGAGAAAUAUAACAAAGCUUGGAUCAAAGAAAGUCAUGAAAAAUGGCUUCACAAAAGUAGAAAACGGAAAAGGAGAAGAAAAUUGUGUCACUGCCAUCACCAUCAUUAUCAUCCUUGUGGGGAAGCAACAAUUGCAGAAAUGGAAAUUUCCUCCGUUAUAGAAAGGCAAAUGAGUUACAGAGAUGAAAACAAACAUCAGCACCUCCAAAACAACCCAGAGAAGUGUAGAUACGAUGCAGGGAAUAUCUGGAUAGCUACGGAUGAGGUACAGCAGUCUCAUCAAAAAGCUGAUACUGAAAAUGGCCAUAAAAGGGUCCUGGCUACAUCAGAUCACCUUCAUGUGGGUAGAGGCUUAUGUGACAUCUGGCAUGCAAAAUCUAGAGACCAACGCAGUGCUUGUAAACCUCUGCAUAGAAAGAGAAAAGCAAGCUCUCGGAGACAGUUGAGGCAGCUGGCUCGAACUUGUAGGAGGCACAGCUGCCCGUGCUCCAAAACCUGUUGUAGCUGGAAAGUCAGGAGGUUGAGCUGCAGCCCAGAGCAUAAGUGUUUAGGGCACUGCAGUGAAGAAAAGAGUCCAGGCCAUCAUCAGUCCAUAAAGAGAGGUUACAGCUUCCUGACGGAUGAACCAGAAAGCUCCCACAGGAAGCGGAGACAGCACACCUAUUCCUGCUCUUCAGAUGAAAGUUUGUACAGAGAGGCAUGCUUGGCAGAGGAGUAUUUCAGGCAAGCGAGCAUUGUAGGUAUGCAUCACAAGGCAAAAGGAAAACACAGAAGGAGAAAAACUAGAAUCAGUCACGUAUGCAUGGACAGGAAUGAGAGAAAUGAGGCCUCCAGGCCUUGUAAAGAAAACUCUGCAUGUUCUACAUUAGACGUUUUGGGAGAAGUCUUGACUCAAGACAACGUAGGGGAUACUAUCAUGAAUUCCGAAGCUGAUCUUGCAGAAGAUACAGAUGAAACCAUGCAGCUGGAGGAAAACAAGGCAUCCCUGCCAAUGGGUGGUGCACAUGUUCUGGAACAAGACAAGCCAACAGACUGUGCAGCACCAGAGAGCGUGCUGGGCGUGCUUUCGGACGUUGCCACACACUGUGCUGCUUCUGUUCCUGAGCAGGGCACUCCUGUAGCUGCAGGCACACAAGAUGCUCUGAAGGAUGAAAAGAAAAAUGAAAAUGUGAACAGCCAUGAAAGUCAAGCUCGUUAUAAAGCUCCACCGCCCCCCAGACAUUUGGACCAGGGUCCCCCGAAGUCAGUCCUUUGCCAUUACGAGUUGGCUGAUUCUCUGCCACAUGAGAAGAUAAAUGAGGUGACCGGUGACUGGGUACAGUGCAGCUCAGGCAUAUUUAACAGCCCACCGCCUUUGCCAUUCAAAGAAGCACACCUCAACAGCCACACCUUCUUAGCUACAGAGCAGCUGAUAGCCCCCUUUACCCUUCCCGACCAGACGUUGAUAUUCCCUCCAGAUAACCACGAAAAAUUCAAAGACCUCCCAUCCGAGGCAUACCAGCAGCUCGUGCAACAGAACAUGCUGGCCAACAAGGUGAAGUUUACCCUUCCUCCCCCGGCCAUGCAGCCCCCCAGCUCUCCGUUGCAGCCUCUGCCUUUGCAGCCACCGCUGUGCUCUACCUCGGUCACCACCAUCCACCACACCGUCCUGCAACAGCACGCCGCCGCCAGCGCGCUCAAGGCCCUCCAGCCCCACCAGCACUUCCUCUCGCAGGUCCCGGCCCUUGCCAGAGCGCCUUUACCUCAUCUGCCCAGAAUUCUCCCUACCUCUGAAGCCUUUUUAUUGCUGAUGAAACUCGACUUCAGUCAGAGAAAUCUUCUCAUUCAUGUUACUGUGAGAUAUUUCAGGCCCACACUUGUGACGGCCCAAAAUAAAAGCAAAAAUGAUUGCGGGGCAGAGCCAGCUCUGCGAGUUAAAAUGAAGUCUAGCCACGUGAGUGAAGCUAAGAAUUUGCAGCAUGACCUUUAG